UCCCCACAGCUUCGGGCUUCGCUUCGCCUUCUUGAGGAGGCCAUCGACCCGACGGUGGCGGCCGCGUCUGUUGCAGUUCCUCACCAGCAGCUUCUCCGCCGUCAGAAAGUCGGCCGCGGCCACCCUCUCUCCCUCUCCCUCUCCCUCUCAUAUGGAGGAACCUCUCUCGUUGCCGGCGACGACCCUCCCUGGAAUGAAGUGAAGCAUGGCGAGCGAGCUACUGCGGGAGCGCUCAUGGCACACCACCUCCCCAAGAACCAACUCCUCUCCCCGAAACGCUUCCUCCAGCGCCUCAAGGCCGAGAAGAACCCGCUCUCCGCCCUCGCGCUCCUCAUUGACUCGCCCAGCCGCUCCCGCUCCCCGGACGUCUUCCACCACGUGCUCCGCCGCCUCGUCGACUCCAGGCUCGCCGCCCACGUCGACCGCGUCGUGCAGCUCAUCAGGGCCCAGGACUGCAAGUGCCCCGAGGACGUCGCCCUCACCGUCAUCAAAGGGUAUGCCAAGAACGCGAUGCCCGAGGAGGCGCUGGACGUUUUCCGGAACAUGGGGGAGAUCUUUGGAUGCGAGCCCGGGAUAAGGUCGUACAAUUCUUUGCUGAAUGCGUUUAUCGAGUCGAACCAGUGGGAUCGAGCCGAGUCGUUCUUCGCCUACUUCAAGACGGCGGGGUUGGCGCCGAAUUUGCAGACGUAUAACGUUUUGAUCAAGAUAUCUUGUAAGAAGAGGCAUUUUGAGAAGGCCAAGGAGCUCUUGGAAUGGAUGUGGGACAAUGAUUUGAAACCUAAUUUGUAUAGUUAUGGGACCGUGCUCAAUGCGCUUGCAAAGACUGGGGAUUUGCUGGGUGCGUAUGAACUGUUUGAUGAAAUGUAUGAGAGAGGAGUUAUGCCUGAUGUUACGUCUUAUAAUAUUUUGAUUGAUGGGUUUUUUAGGAAGAGAGAUUAUGUGAAGGCUAGUGAAGUCUGGGAGAGGUUGGUGAAAUCACCUUCUGUCUAUCCAAAUGUUGUGACUUACAAUGUGAUGAUUAAUGGUUUGUGUAAAUGUGGCAAGUUUAGCGAGAGUUUGGAAGUGUGGAAGAGGAUGAAGGGAAAUAAAAGAGAGAUGGAUCUGUUCACUUACAGUAAUGUAAUACACGCGUUCUGUGAGUCGGGGAAUGUGGAUGCUGCUGAGAGAGUGUACAAGGAGAUGGCUGCCAGUGGGCUGUCUCCUGAUGUGGUUGUGUACAACACAAUGCUCAAUGGGUUUUGUCGAGCCGGGAAGGUUGUGGAGUCUUUUGAGUUGUGGAAGGUAAUGGAGAAGGAAGGCUGUCAUAAUAUCCGCAGUUAUAACACAUUUAUCAUGGGCUUGUUAGAGAAUGGGAAGGUGGAUGAAGCAAUUUCGAUGUGGGAACAAUUGCAUUCUAGCAGUUGCCAUGCUGAUUCAACAACCUUUGGAGUCAUGGUGAAAGGGAUGUGCAAGAAUGGAUAUUUAAGUAAAGCUAUCAGAUUCUUGAAAGGGGCAGAAGAUGAGAGGGCUGAUUUAGAUAACUCUGCCUACUCGUCGAUGGUGAAUGGAUUGUGCAAGGAAGGAAGAUUGGAUGAAGCAGUCAGCUUCCUUGGUCGGAUGGGUAAACGUGGCCAUAAGCUGGAUCCUCAUGUUUGCAACCCAUUGAUUGACGGAUUUGUUCACAAUGGUAAAUUUCAAGAUGCAAUCCACCUUCUAAAAGUGAUGAACAGUACCAGUUGUCCUCAAACUCUUGUUACCUACAACAUUCUAAUAAAGGGUUUAUGCAAGGCCGAACAGUUUGGUAAGGCAUAUGAUGUAGUGAAGGAGAUGCUAGAAAAAGGGUGGCAACCAGACAUGAUCACGUAUAGCUUACUGAUGGAUGGCCUUUGCAAAGGCAAGAAGGUUGACAUGUCCCUUGAAUUGUGGCGACUGGUCCUAGCAAAGGGUUUGAAACCUGACAUAACUAUGCACAACAUUAUUAUUCAUGGGCUUUGCUCCGCAGGCAGAGUAGAAGCUGCACUACAACUGUUUUCAAAGAUGGGGGAGCAGAACUGCUCUCCAAAUCUUGUCACCCUCAACACUUUGAUGGAGGGUUUUUACAAGUUGAGAGAUUGUGAAAAGGCCUCAGAAAUUUGGCACUGCAUCUUAAAGCAUGGGCUACGGCCAGAUAUUAUUUCCUACAAUAUUACUCUCAAAGGUCUUUGUAAUUGUGGAAAAACAUCAAAUGCCAUUAGUUUCCUAGAUGACGCUUUGGCUCAUGGGAUUAUACCUACCGCUAUUACAUGGAAUAUAUUAGUCAGAGCUAUAAUAAAACAAGCAACUUGAUCUACCAUUGCAUAAUAUCAAGGAAAUGUCGGUGACCCUGUAUUUUGGAUUCUAGAACUUGUAUACUCAUUGCCAUUUGGUGGAUGAGAACAUGCAAGGUUUUUCAGCUAACUGGAUGCCUGAUGUUACGGCAGACAUUGAAUAGUUUCAUGAUAUGAUGCCCAAGUUCCUCCCACAUAACGUGCUGGUUCUGCAUGGUGGGUUAGACACAUUUGCCUUUCUGGAAAGUACCGUGAACCACCCAUUCACUUAUCCUUAAAAUGGUAUCCCCCUACCCCAACUUGACUUCUUAGGGUAUAUAAUUCUUUUUUGUGAUUCGUUUGAUUAUAUUUGUAAUCAUGAGAGUGCAUUUUUGGAAACUGUCAGCAUAAGUACUUACGUCAGUGGAUAUUUGCCGCUUUCAUCUAUAAAAAAUUAUGCUGUUAUCAAACCGAGAAUGGUUCCGAUCCAAAGGUAUGCCCCCUUCCCCAAGAAAAAAGAUAUAUUGCUUUCUCUUUGUUUUUACUCAUGAAGCCUUUGACAUCUUAGAUUUUUCCAUGAGUUCUAAAUUUAGGAGGCUUCACUUUAAGCCUGCCUAUUUACUCAUUAGUCGAGGUCAAAUUAUAGUUGCAAUUCCAUGAGGAAGUUGAUACGAGUCAGUUAAGCAUCAGAAAUGGUAAUUAACUUACCGGUGUCUUAGUGAUUAGACAUAUACUAAGACCAAAUUCAAUGAUGCUAAAGCAAUGUAGCAUGAUGUAUCAACCCAAGAAAUAAGAUCGUACUUGGGGUUAUUUUGUCAUGCAAUAAUUUUCGCCCCUACCCUUACAUCCUAAAGAACAGCAUGAAAGUAUCAUAUAACCAUUUCUAUCUUUAUAAGAUUCUUUGGAAAGGGAAAAAAAUGUCCCUAUUGUCCCUGUUUUCCUUGAUAUCGCUUGCUCCUAGGCAAUAUUGCAAAAGCUAAGAUGUGUACUUCCGAUCAAUUCAGGAUGAGAAGAAAGAAUUAACACCAUUGGCAUGCCCUUCAAGCUCUUGAUCUUAAACGCAAGCUCUGAGGAUCCUCUGUCGGAUUGCAAUUAAUUCUGCUAUGUACGCAUGAUUUCGAGAAGUUGAUUUGCUCCUGGCUCUACUUAAUCUUUUUCAAAGGACAUUAAGGUAUUCUUCAAAUUCUUCAUACCUGCAACGGUCCUCUAGCAUGCCAUCUCACCAAGUAGUAGAGCUUUGCAAUUGGGACAUAGACUUCAAAGUGGCACGUUUACUUGGAGGUAGCACGAUGGCAGGUAGCUGAGGAGUUUACUUGCCAUGAAGCAUUCGAAGGAAGGCACGGCUGACAUGCAUAAGCGAAAUUCCGACAAGGAUUGUGCCUUAUUUGUUCUCCUAAGCUGUGAAAAAAUAUACAUCGUACGAGGACUUCAGGCUGUUAAUUCGCAAUACUUGUAGUAGAAUAAUUGAGCCAGUUGAGUAAAAUAUUACCCACCCCCUCC